AUGGCCACAACGACAAACAAUCGCGGGAUUCAUUACGAUGACAAGGGCAGGAAGAUUUUCGUGCCUCUCGAGAACAACCCUGCCGUCUUCAAUGACCUCAUCCACCGCCUGGGUCUCUCUCCCAAGCUAGGCUUCUACGAUGUCUAUUCCAUCGACGAGCCAGAUCUGCUAGCUUUGGUCCCACGCCCUGUGCAUGCUUUGAUAUUCAUCGCCCCUGCCCCCGUCUAUUAUCGCGUCAGAGAGCAUGACGGCAGUGGAGAAAUCACAUAUGAUAAGGCUGGCGAGCAGGAACCCGUCAUGUGGUUCGAGCAGACCAUCGGCAAUGCUUGCGGGCUUUAUUCGCUGAUCCACGCCGUCGCAAACGGAAGUGCUACGCAAUACAUCGAGCAAGACUCGCUGAUCGAUAAGCUCUUGGCCGAAGCCUUGCCGUUGAAGCGUGCCCAGCGCGCCGACGUCCUCUACAACUCCAAAGCACUCGAGGAGGCUCACAUGUCCUGUGCGAUUAAUGGCGACUCUAUUGUUCCGGAAGCUAACGAGCCUGUGGGCUACCACUUUAUCACUUUUGCCAAAGGCAAGGAUGGUCACCUUUGGGAACUAGAGGGCGACUGGAAUCCCAUCGAUCGUGGCGUUCUGGACGAUUCCGAUGAUAUGCUGAGCGAGAAGGCACUCGAGCUGGGAAUUCGGAAGUUUGUGCGCGAGUGUCAAGCCACUGGGUUGAUCGAGUUCUCCAUCAUUGCUUUAGCAACACGUCCAGAGGACGAGGAUAACUAA